AUGACUCCAAAAGUCACCCAAAACUUCCCAAAGACAAAAUCAAGAGAAGAGAAAACAGUCCCAAAAGAAAAAAAGUCUAGCUCCAUCUUUAGGGCUCCUAGAUCCAUGAGAUCCCUCAAGCGCCCAUCCAAGAAGUGUAAAGCCAGGUCCAGCCUGUACUCUAGUAUAGAAGAACCCAAAGAGUCUGGGCCAGAAGCUAGAAGGACUCCCUUUGUAAAUCUCUACAACAACGGCUUUACACGACUACAAGGACAUGCGUUCAAUGGGACUAAACUGGAUAAGGUGUACCUGCACAAGAACAAGCUCCUGGAUGGUAUCCAUGAGGAUGUAUUUUUCGGAGUUCUGACUGGUCCUACGCUGCUAGAUGUGUCCUAUACGGGGGUCACUUCCCUUCCCAACAGGGGCCUGGAGAAUCUAAAAGAGCUUAUAGCCAAGAACGCAUGGUCCCUAAAGAAGCUUCCUCCAAUCAAUACAUUAAUGCACCUAACAAGGGCCGAUCUGUCGUACCCCAGCCAUUGCUGUGCCUUUAAGAAUUCCAAGAAGAAGAAAAGUUUCCUGGAGUCAGUGAUUUGCAAUCAGACUACGUUGCACACCGUCCAUAGAAAGCGGUCAUUGAAUGCCUUCAUGGGUCCCUUCUAUCAAGAUUAUGUGGAAGGAGAUCCAGAUCAGACUGAAACUUCCAAGUCCACUGAUUUCCAUAGCAACAGCCACUACUCUGUGUUCCUGGAAGAGCAGGCAGAGGGAGACAUUGGAUUUGGCCAGGAGAUUAAAAACCCUCAGGGGGAGAACAUUCCUGCUUUUGAGAAUCACUAUGACUAUUACCUUUGUGGAGGCAGUGAUGAGCUGGCUUGUACCCCAGAGCCAGACGAGUUCAACCCUUGUGAAGACAUCAUGGGAUACAUUUUCCUGAGAGUUGUGGUGUGGUUUGUGAACCUCCUUGCUAUACUUGGUAAUGCAUUUGUCCUUUUUGUACUGGUCACCAGCCAUUAUAAACUGACUGUCCCUCGCUUCCUUAUGUGUAACUUAGCUUUUGCUGACUUCUGCAUGGGAAUCUACUUGCUUCUCAUUGCUUCAGUAGACCUUCACACCCGCUCUGAGUAUUACAACCAUGCCAUUGAUUGGCAGACAGGGCCCGGCUGCAACACUGCUGGUUUUUUUACUGUGUUUGCCAGUGAGCUGUCGGUGUACACUCUGACGAUGAUCACCUUGGAACGCUGGUAUGCUAUCACAUUCGCCAUGCGACUCGACCGCAAGAUCCGACUCAGGCAUGCUUCGGUUGUCAUGCUGGGAGGCUGGGUGUUUUGCUUUUUCCUGGCACUAUUUCCUUUGGUUGGUAUCAACAGCUAUGGCCGAGUUAGCAUCUGCUUACCCAUGGACACAGAGUCGGCGCUUUCCCAGGCUUACAUUAUUUUUGUAUUGAUGCUCAAUAUUAUAGCCUUCAUUAUUAUCUGCACUUGUUACAUAAAAAUAUAUAUUACUGUCCGGAAUCCACAAUAUAAACCUGGGAACAAAGAUACAAAAAUUGCCAAACGUAUGGCAGUCUUGAUCUUCACUGACUUCAUUUGUAUGGCACCAAUUUCCUUUUAUGCUUUGUCCGCCAUUAUGAACAGGCCACUCAUUACAGUCUCUGACUCUAAGAUACUGCUGGUGCUUUUCUACCCACUCAACUCUUGUGCCAAUCCAUUCCUGUAUGCCAUCUUCACCAAAGCUUUCCGUAGGGACGUUUUUAUUUUGCUUAGCAAGUUUGGUAUCUGUGAGCGUCAAGCACAGGCUUACCGAGGACAGACAGUGUCAGCCAAAAACAGCAGCGAAUCCUACGGCCAGAGAGGAAGUGGUGGUACCGCACAAACUCUGUCAAACAUCCCAGAUUUUCAUGAACAAGAGCAUCCGGUAGGCACCACUCAAGGCAUGAUGCUCUUGGAAGACACUAGACUUACAGUUUUGUAGCACAACCACAGAAUCUUCUAAACAUUGCUAACCAGUACUAGUUUUAUCAGGAGGUAGAGUGGGACGUACAACAGGUUAUAACUACAAGCUCUUGUUCUGAGGCAAUU